GAUUUUAGGUUGGUAAGAUUUUCAGCAUCGAUGUCAAAAACAGAUCGCGAAAACCGAAGAGGAUGUGCCGCUUUAAACUGUGUUCUGCUUGAUUUCUGCUAUUUAUUAUAAUCACACUUUUGUGUAAAUUCUGCGAACAAAACGGAAAAUGUGGAUUAUUAUAAACGCAUUUGAUAUCUAUUGUUUGUUUCAUUCAUUAUAUCAAUCUAUUCUUAGGUUGUCAGCAUUGUCAACAGUUUGCUUUCUAAAUUAUUAUAUGUUACAAUUAUUUGAUUACUUUAUAUUUAUAUUUUAGAAAUUGUACAUACUAAAAGUCUUGGUUGCACCAAGUCGUAAAAAUAAUUAUUUAAUGUACAAGUAAUGUACCAUCGUCGAGAAAUAGUCUAUAAUUUUAUACGACAGAAUAAGAAGAGACCAAAAUUUUGAUAAGGAACAGCAAGUAUGGUUAUUAUAAUCGUGAUGCAACAGAUGCAUUUGAUUGGUCCUGUUUCAUGUAAAUUAUGACGUCAUACGGUCGCGCGGAUCUUCAUUUAUAGAUCUCUCGGCGUCGUGGUUAAUUACAUUACCGUAUUUUUGUAUACCGACUGAACUCGGUUUCCGUAUUGUGUAAAAUGAAGUCGUUACAUUACUCGGGAGGAAACGGCGAGAUGAUCGCGACGAGUUUUGCGAUCUGAAUCGAUGGCUAUUUUCAAUAUCCAGAAUAACUUCAAUCGAGACACUCGUGGAUCGAAGCGCCAUUCGGCGGCGCCACCGUCGGCGGCGAUCGUGGUCAUCACGCUCUCUCAUUAUCCAUGAUCCCAGCGGUAUCCCACCAGUCUCCCAUGAACUGCCGAGCGUGUUGUGAGGGGUUUUCGCCGCCGAUCUAACAUGGUUAUCUAAACGGAAAAGUUGGCUUUAAUCUUAGUCCUAAAUUGUUCCUCGUGGAAGGCACCCACAGCACGAUCCAGGGAAAAAAAAGAAGGAAGAAAAAUGAGGGUUGUCGCGCUAAUCAGUGGUGGCAAAGAUUCUUGUUUUAAUAUGAUGCAGUGCAUAACAGCUGGCCAUGAGAUAGUGGCUGUAGCUAAUUUAUAUCCUGUUGAAAAAGAUGAUCUGGACUCGUUCAUGUUUCAAACGGUAGGGCAUCAAGGCAUCAAGUACAUUGCUCAAGCUAUGGGCUUACCUAUAUAUCGUUACCCGACAUUUGGCAAGGCCAAUGUGCAAGAAAAAUGUUAUUAUCCCACAGAGAAUGACGAGGUUGAGGAUCUUUUUAAACUUCUGAAUACAGUGAAGGAACGUGAAAAUAUCGAGGCUGUGUCAAGUGGUGCUAUUCUUAGUGAUUAUCAACGAAUUCGCGUGGAAAAUGUGUGCAAUCGUUUAGGUCUUAUUUCCCUAUCGUACCUGUGGAAACGGGAUCAGGAGGAAUUGUUGAAUGAAAUGAUACAAAGUUCAGUUAACGCGGUAUUGAUCAAAGUCGCCGCUCUCGGUCUUGAAACUAAACAUUUGGGUAAAUCUAUAUCCGAGAUGCAACCUCAUCUUGUUAAAAUAAAAGAGAAGUAUGGAGUGAAUAUAUGUGGGGAGGGAGGGGAGUAUGAAACUUUUACUCUGGAUUGUCCUUUAUUUGCCAAGAGUAUUGUGAUUGACGCUUAUGAGAGCAUUGUAAAUUCGAGGGAUGACGUGGCGCCUGUAGGAUAUCUCAGAUUCACAAAGAUUCAUUUGCAAGAGAAGGAUAAUGGGGAAUUGGAGAAAUUAAGUCUGUCGGAGAGACUAAAAACGGUUUCGAUAAAAACACCACAGGAUUAUAUCGCCGAGAUCAUUGGUCCAGAGUUGCAUGACGGUUGUAACUUGUCGGAGGACGAGAAUGAUGAGCAUGCGUGUGAAAGCAAUAGUUUAAAAGCGUCGAACUCAGGUCAAUUUCAUCCUCCAAGUCCAAUGGAAAUUCUGUACGAAGAGGAGGAUUAUCCAGACGCGCCAGUAGUUAAUAGAAAUCAAACGGGAUGGUUCUGGUUCGGCGGCAUCGUGGGGAAACAUCCCGACGUCACGGCCGCCGUGGAAGAGGCACUGGAGAAAUUAAGCACUCUGGUCCAAAAUGAGAAUCUACGCACGUCCGAUAUCGUCGCGGUGACGUUGUACAUAAAAGACAUGUCGAACUACAAGGCCAUAAACGAUACGUACGUCUCCUGGCUCGGUAAGAGAAAUCCGCCCGUCCGUAUUUGCGUCGAGUGUCCAUUGAAUGUACACGUCGCGCUUGAUGCGACCGCGUACAAGGAGAACCAAGAAAGCGGCGACAAGUGGGCAUGUAAACGGCACACGAUGCACGUUCAGAGCAUAAGCCAUUGGGCGCCGGCCAAUAUUGGUCCUUAUUCUCAGGCUGUUCGUGUGGGUGAUAUUAUUUUAGUGGCUGGGCAAAUACCUCUGGUGCCUGGCAACAUGAAUCUUCUGGACAUGAACAUUAAGCGACAGUGUCGCUUGACGCUCAGGCAUAUAGAUCGCAUCGUUAAGGCGAUGGACGCGAAGCUGCGGGAUAUAGUGCAGGGUAUCUGCUUCCUGACUCAUCCCAGUUACAUCGUGGACGCGAGAAAGGAGUGGGAGAGGAGGACGAGGAAUGCGAUUGUAGAUUACGUCGUUGUACCGAACCUGCCGCGCGGUGCUCAAGUCGAGUGGUGCGUUUGGGCUCACAGAGAUAACAACCGAUUCGAAUAUGAAGAAACGGGAAAAUGCGUAGCUAAUUUUAGGAUAGCCAUCAGACGCAGGUGGAAUUAUGAAAAUAAUGUUUCGGCUAUCGUGUGUUACAUGUCUACAGGUUCAUCCAAUUCGACUGGCAAUCUAACAACAGAGGCGAGUUUGCCAUCGAUGGAGCUGAAUGCGAACGAACUGUCGGAAGCCUUUGAGUAUCUGUUAUGCAAACUCAGGAAAGGCUCGCAGAGCGCGAGCCCGACGUGCAGUCUGCGGAUAUUUUACAAAGUCGGCAGUUUCCCGGGCCCGAACUUCCUCCACGACGUCCUGUCGAAGUUUUCUACGCAGAAUCUAGUGAUCACCAUUAUACCGGCUACUCACUUACAUAACUUCAGUACUUUGUUAUCUAUAUAUGGAAUUAGGCACGAGUAAAAUACUCAAGUUGAUCUUUUACACUGUCAAUUAUCCGUCGAGAUCGAAGCGCGCAUCAUAGUACGAGGGAGGUCGCAGUCGUUACUGGAAGAACGGCGCGUAAGCGAAACGUGCUGCUUUUACGAAGAGGAAGAUGCAAUUUGCAGUCUUGAAGCUCCAAAUGCGUCCUCUCCUCUUUCAGAAUCGCGUUUUCCGCUUACACGCGCAUACCUUUCACGGCGUUAGAAACGGCACCAAGGCGUGUUACGUACGCACCGUUAAGUUUUCCUACGUGCGCGAAUAAUCCUCGACGUUACUUCGCUUCUACACGCCGGCGUCAUCGGUGGCUACUCGAGUACUUCUCGCGCUUCGUGUGCGAGAGACACGGCUGUUCGCUCGACAUUUACUGACGAUGUAGGUACAUCGCUGUUCCUUCCAGCUGCAUCUUCUGCGUCUUCUCGCAGUUUUCUCUCUCUCUCUCCCCCUCCAGAUCCGGAAGAUGAGAUAGAUGAUGUCGUUUCCUUUGGCAGGGAAACGAUAGAGGAAACAAAGUGCAGCCGGAGAGAACAGACUUCAUAUUAUCUUGUAUACCGUGUACUACUAGUCAAUGACGGGUCAAGUGCAAUUUCGAGCUGCGAGCCCGUCCCCCGUUUUAGCGCGUAAGUGCUCUUUAACAACGCGAUUCUGUGUGCACUCUAGGUAUAUAAUAAUACUCGUAAUAUUAUAUAUAUACACGUACGACUUGUACUGCUGUUAAGCUACGAGAUGUUUCGUUUGUUUCCUUUACUUUGCUCAAAAUGCACGUUACUUUUACGGUGUUGUAAUCAUGUGCGGAAUGUUAAUUAAUAACGUGUGUGGCGUUUCUCUAAGCAAGCAUUAUAAAAAUCGUGCACGUGCCGUCUUAAGCAGUAGCACUUGUCGUUCAUUCUCAGAAUUCUGAAAAAAAGAAAGAAAGAAGACAGGUAUACGGAGAAAGAAAUCGCGGGACAGCGUGAUUCUCUUGGUAUAAUAAAUACGGCUCGAUUCUGAUAGGAUUGCGACGCGCAGCACACUAACAUGGAGCGUAUACGUUUCCCGUUCGUGUUCGACGAUGUUCUUCAUUCUCGAUAAAACGCUGCCGGAUCAAGCCACGUACUCGUUACGUAAUCGUGUUGCUGAUGAUCGAUCGUUCGUUUCUACAAAAGGUUGCGACGAAAUGUUGCAGGUUUUUCGACGAAGGAGGAACUAAAAUCUCCGCGUGAACACUGCAGACUGAUACUCCGCAGCAAGACGCUGCACAGCAACACGCGUACGUACGCGUCACUGUUGCUUUAGAAGUAUCUUGUACAGAUUGCAUUACAAUACGAACUAAUAAGACUAUUCUGACGUACUAUUAUGACAAGGUUGAUGCAACGACAUGCCAAAGUUUAUAUUUUGCAACUUGCUCAUUUUUUAAACGAUCGCAAUUAUACCGUCGUUAUUCUGUGUGUGUGUACAUAAUGCAACGUGAUCGAACACGGUCUUAUAUACUGUAAUCGAUUUCCAGCGAAAGAAACUGACGCGAAGGGAAAGAGAGAAAAGGAGAGAGAAAGAGCGCACUGUUCAAAAUGCAGAUACUGCGUUACGAUAGAUAUGUAAAAACAAAAAAA